AGGGGCGGCCCUGAGCAGGGGCUGUGGCGGUUCGCGGGGACCCAGCUGCGGUGGCUGCGCUCGCUGUGGGGCUGCGGAGAAACUACUGAAGUUCCUGUGGAAGCAAGUAGAAUUUCAUAAGAACAUAAUGGAUGGAGAAGAGAAAACUUACGGUGGCUGUGAAGGCCCUGAUGCCAUGUAUGUCAAAUUAAUAUCCUCUGAUGGUCAUGAAUUUAUUGUAAAAAGAGAACAUGCACUAACAUCAGGAACAAUUAAAGCCAUGUUGAGUGGCCCAGGUCAGUUUGCUGAAAACGAAACCAAUGAGGUCAAUUUCAGAGAGAUCCCUUCCCAUGUGCUAUCAAAAGUAUGCAUGUAUUUUACCUACAAGGUUCGCUACACUAACAGCUCCACUGAGAUUCCUGAAUUCCCAAUUGCACCUGAAAUUGCUUUGGAACUCUUGAUGGCUGCGAACUUCCUAGAUUGUUAAAUAAAAUAAAUUAUAAUAAACUGUUAA